UCAGAACGGAGCACGCCGUCCCACUUACAGAACACCAAUUACUCACAGCUCAGUUAUAUAAAGUUGUAAUUUGUGUUUGAAGGUGUGACUGUAUGAAACACAGCACCGGGCUUUUAACAAUUCUCCAUAAAUAUUUCAGUGAAGCCGAUUGGUUUGGGGACAAGUUAUUGUAUGUUUUCUGUUCCUUGUCGUGAAAUGUAGGAACUAUGCCUUCUCUAAACGGAUUUACAGUGUUCUUUUUCUUUGCGGUGGUCUGUGGCGGUUUUUCUCGCGAUGUCACCGACGAGGAGAUUGUUCAGGACACAAAAGCACUAGGCAGAAAUUUCAUUUUGGUCAGUUACAAUGAUAAUCAUGAAAAAGAGCUACGUAUCGCCUACAAAGGAGUAUUGGUGCUGGAGACCGUUGCUUUUGAAAACACUCCAAACCAACUUCAUUUCAAACGCGUGAGUGAUGGAAAAGAAAUCAUACAGAGUGUGUAUCAAGAUGGAGUUCUCAAGGAUUGCGAUUUCGGGGACAAUGUCAAAAUGGUUCUGGAAUUCGUUCAUGAGUUUACGCUUAAAAAACAUCUUUUCCAACAAAGAAAUUACGGAAAUGUAUUUAGAUUUUACAACACUGUUGAAAAUGAAAAUACUCAAUAUGCUAUAAAGGGUUUCAGAAGUCGCCAGAAAUUAGGUGAAUUCAAAGAUAUGGUGAAAAUAAAUACGGAAAUAAGAAAAUGUCACAAAUAUGUGCGACAAGUGAAGCGAAUUCAAAGGCGACGAAAUCGCAAUAAUCCGAAUGGAAUUGACUUCCGGAAAGCGUAUUUCGAUACAACCGAUAAUAUCGACAUGGAUGGUACCCUGUCUUCUUCGCGCGGUGCCAAUACACCAAGCGUGACGUACAUAGACUAUAAUGUUAUACCGGAAGUACCACAAAAGUUUGCAAACAAAUCUUCAACCGGAAAUGGUCCAAAGUUUAAUUUGGGGAGAACAACAAGAUCUGUGAAAUCGUCGACAUAUUUCACUCGCGAUGAGGUACAAGCACUUCCGGAUUAUCACGAGAGGCGGAAACGAUCUUUCUUUAACAAGUAUUUGAUGUUUCCGGGCACCAAAUGGUGUGGACGUGGUCAAAUUGCCAAGGAAUAUGACGAACUUGGAGAUGACCAAGAAGCCGACGUUUGUUGUCGAGAUCAUGAUUGUUGUCAAGAUAUCAUCCCGUGUUUCUCCACGAAAUACAACUAUUUCAACUACCGUUUUCACGCCAUUCUACAUUGCGACUGUGAUAAACGGUUCCGGGGAUGUCUGAAGCAGUCUGUUUCGCCAAUGGCCAGUCUCAUAGGGAGGAUUUACUUCAACAUCAUGGGUUCGAAAUGUUUUACGGUAAAGAUGGAGGAUGUGUGCGUCCGGCGAUCGUGGUGGGGUCGAUGUGAAAAAUACGAACAAAAGAAAUCUGUCCAAAUAGAGGAGCAGGAACCAUACAAUUACUGUGACAGUAAAUAGAACGGCACGGGUCUCUACCAGGAGGCCAAGAAGUGGACAUACAGUGUCCGUCGGUUUAACACUGGCAAGUUGUGAAACGGGUCUUUCUGUAGGGACAACACUUUCGGGCGACAUGGUUCCUACUGAGAGGACGAACAACGGGGUCCUAUUGCUUGGUCGAUAUGUGAGAGGGUCUUGAUGGAAUAUUAGUAUGCGACUACAGGGUAGAGUGUUAUGAAAUUGGGUUCCACAGAAUUUACUUAUGUAGGUUUCAAAUUGUUGAAAAGGGAGGGAAAAGUUGCUGGGGAGCAGUCGAUCUGUGGAAUUGACAAAGACGAAGACAUUUUUUUUCGCCGUGGGUAAAGAAGAAAGAAUAUAUAACUUAUUUUCCGAGUUUUUAAACAAAAUGGAAUACAGGUCCCUGGUGUGUGGAAAUUGGAAUUGGGGGCAAAACGGACAUUGAGAAUUUGACAGCAUUAUAAAACAAAUCAACAGAUUUUAUCGCGAACGUUGUUUGCUGACUAAGGACGGGCGGCUGGACGGACGGACGGACAGGAUGUCCACUAUGACUGUCAAAACAAUUGAUCGAUAUCAAAAUGACAUGAAAAUGGCAUUCGCUUGUUAAGUAGGUUGUAGGGUUUGGAAUGAUAAAAUACAUUUUCAUAUUGUGCUAAUUUAAAUUCGCUGAGCAUAUAUGAAAGAUCGAAUAGGUCGAAUAAUGACGUCACAAUGAAAACGUGUAUCGGCCACAAUUAGAUUUCAAAUUUCAAAGAGAAACAAGUCGACAAAUCGAAGAUCCGGCUUAUGUGAAACCAAGUGGUCUUGCUUUCUAGUACUUGAAUGUAUAAUGUACCAGUAUAGAUUUUAUCAGACAGACAAUUUUAUUGCAGCUUUACAAAACUGUGCACAUUAUCGGUGAGUUUAUCUUGGCAUCUACCUUACGUUUUUGGAAAGGGAAAAGAAAUAUAGCUAAUUCACUUACAAUCAAAACUAUCUCAUGAUUCUGAGUACCUGCAUCUCCAAUGCUCCAGUGUUGUAAAUAUAUAUUAAUUGAAAUGUUUACAGAGUAGGUAGAUUUUAUCGCCGUUAUUCAUGUACUCUUAAUGGCCUCUGUGAACGAGAAGAUAUCCAUUUCAAUUACACAGUGUGUAUUUCAUCACUGAUCGUAACCCCGUCACAUCUAACAUAAUCGCUUCCUCGCCUGACUCACCCAGUAUAACUUGGGUAUCAUUUACACCUAACACCGCCCAGGUUUCAUUUUACGGUAACACCGCCUGGUGUCUCGCUCUUGCAGACGCUUGUAACGCGUGUGAUUUCGGGGAUUUUUUUCGGAACAAACAGAGGAAAAGGCUGCUUGAAAAUGUACAUACAUAGAAAACUGUGAAACAUUAUGUAAAUAUACCAAUUUAUUAAAUGUCUUAUCAAAUGUGAGCGGAAACUUGUACGGGUAUUUUUAAAGUUAAAAGUUACGGGCAUUUGUCAUAGGACCCAAACGACACAGGCUGCAGAGUAGCUGUUUCCGAUUUGAGGUCCGUCUAGAAUCGCCCGACAGUGAACGAAAAUUACAUGACACCCAUUUGAUGUACGUAAUCAUAGUUGUAUGAUGUCAGUAAAAUAUUAAUUUUCGCGAAUACUUCUUUUAAAAAAAUGAUGGCUCGAAAAAGACAUUGAUCAACGUUAAUACGUCUGCUUAAACCGAUGUUUGAUUAAAAUGACUCGAAAUUUGCUGACAUCUGAAUACAUCAUUCGCCUAAAGACCGGUUUGCCAUCAUUGAACCUGCAAUUAAACGCCAUUCUUUCUUAUCUGUCGUAGUUUUAUAACUGUUCUAUACGACAAAGAUUUGAGACAUAAAUAAAAUGAUAAAUUCAUGAGGCUUGUAUCGGAUUCCGAAAAGGCAGUGUACCGAGUAUAAUAUGUAAAAGCAGGUUUCAUCUAACGUGUUUCGCUUAACAAGUUACUUCUUCGUAUUCACGAUCGUCUUUCCUCUUGAACUUACACUAAGGUUAUCUGCUACUGACAAUAAAAUAUGUUUAAAUCAAAUCACUAAAAUAAUGGCUCGCGAAAAUUGACAAUUUUACAGUAUAUGUUUUGUUCUAUUUAUAUUUUUGAUCCCCUCUGUUUUAUUCCGGUAUCGUGUACAUAAUAUGUAUCACCAUUUCAGUGUAUGAUAGUUACCCAUUUCUAAUGUAUACAGACAAAUAAACCGUACAUAAAUCAUGAAUAAA